AUGGCCACUCCCAGGCGGUUUCCGACGCUCGUGCAGCUGGAGCAGCGAGAAGGGACGCUGUUCACGGUGCUCGGUAACCUCACCAAGCAGCCCUACUGGUUCCACUCCGAGUACCUGAAGAGUCCGAAGGCAGUUCACCUCGAGGCGUGGCUGGUGGAAGCGAUCUUCGGCCGGGGAGGAGAGCACAUCCCACACGUCGAGUGUGUGUCGCAGACCCUGCUUCACGUUAAUCGGUGGGACCCCGAGGGCGAGGCUGAGAUCUUGAUAUUUGGUCGGCCUUAUUACCAGAAAGAUGUAUCCAAGAUGAUCAUGAAUUUGGCUGACUAUCACCGCCAACUCCGGGCACAAAGCUCAGAGAAGGUCCCUGCCCAGGACGCAGCGACCCAGCGGUCCCCCGAUGCUUCCCGAGAGGCCGCAACCCAGCGGUCCCCCGACGUUGACCGGGAGACGGCGACCCAGAGCUCCCCGAAAACUGCCCGGGAGGCGGCGACCCAGAAGUUCCCCGACACUGCCCGGGAGGCGGCGACCCAGAAGUUCCCCGACACUGCCCGGGAGGCGGCGACCCAGAGUUCCCCGAAGGCUGCCCGCGAGGCGGCGACCCAGCGGUCCCCGAAGGCUGCCCGCGAGGCGGCGACCCAGCGGUCCCCGAAGGCUGCCCGCGAGGCGGCGACCCAGCGGUCCCCGAAGGCUGCCCGCGAGGCGGCGACCCAGAGUUCCCCGAAGGCUGCCCGCGAGGCGGCGACCCAGCGGUCCCCCGGCGCAGCCCGGGAGGCGGCGACCCAGCGGUCCCCCGAGGCUGCCCGGGAGGCGGCGACUCAGAGGUCCCCGGACGCUACCCAGGGCCCGGUUACCAGGUCAUAA